UUGCUGUGUGUAGACAUGGAUUUCUUCUCAAAGGUCCGGGGAACUGUCAAGAGUACCGCAGGAAAAGCGAUGUGUGGUGACUCCCAAUUGAAUGCAGCAAGAGAGACUUCAAAGCGGGCCAACAAGAUGGAUGAAGAAAGUGUGGAAAUUGCUGUGUGUAGACAUGGAUUUCUUCUCAAAGGUCUGAAUAUGUAUAGAGGAGAAAUCUUUGCAUAUCCAAUGUUUCUCCAAAAAGAGUUCCAGAGCGCUACAUUUUUUCCCAUGGAUGUGACCUGCCGAUAUAUGCCAUACUUGACAAAAGUGUCAGAGGCCCUGACUCAUCUUCAAUCCCUUCAGGAAAUGAAGCAUUGCUUGUCUGUGAUGCAUGCCAAAGCCCACAAUACAAAAUGCGAGAUUCUGUGGACUGCAAGGAACCAGGAGGGUGCCGGCACCACUCUCGGUGAAGAAGUAGAGCAAGUAAAUAGUUUUCUCUCCAGAUGUGACCUUACCACCAAGUAUAUGGCCAAGUCAGUAAGAACUGACAUGCUGACUGUCCAUGCUAUGGGGUGGAAUGAACAGAAAGAGAAUGGCCUCCAUAUAGCCUUGUCUUCUAGAUUCAAGAAGACAGUAGAGAAGACUGUGGAUGUAACUGAGAGCCUGAAUACAAUGCAGGAGCAGUUGCAUUGCUGUGAUGACAUGCUGAAACAAAAAGCCAGGAGCAGAAGUGCAGCACCUGGUCCGGUUGAUGCUCAAAGUUUGCAGAUCACAAUCGAAGCACUCUUUGUGAGCAUUUGUCAGAAAAAACACUACCUUUACAGACAGAAUGAUCGCAACAAAAGGCAACAGAAAGUAACUCAAAAGAUAGCCCAGGAAAAGAAACGGUUGCUGGAAGACAUCCAGAGAUACAACCAACAGCCUGAUGGUGACCUUGUGGACACAGACUUAGUUGUGCAGAAACUCUCUAACAAAGCUGCAGAGAGCAUGAUCUGGCCUUGGCAGGAACAGAACACAGACGGUGUGGACAUCCUCACAAAGAAGAAGCUCUUUGACCACGUAAUGCUUGCCUUACGACUAAAAGCAGAUCCUUGUGAAGGAGAUGCUGCAGCACUGCCAGUACCUCAAGGACUCAGUGGCAAAGGUUCAGACACUGAUGGGCACUGUUUUAGUAAGCACACAGACAGGAAGCUUGCCAAAUGGAUUAACCGAGGAGGGGUCCAAGGGCCUCAUCAGUGCACUGAAGAGAAGACUGCAAGACCUGAGACUCCAACAGCAGGCCAUAGCAGGCACCUACAGAUACACUCUCAAACCAAGUAACAGGAGGACAGGUAA